AUGGGGAAUGGAAUGGAAUUCUGGCACAGCCAAACCAAUGAUUGGUCCACUUGGACAGGCACCACAGUCGGCAGUCGUUUGGCCCCGACUCAAAUGAUCCACACCGGAACGAUGGGCGAAUGGAUCUCCUAUGCAGAGGUAGGCACCGGAUGUCCGUCGCCCGAGGACCUCGAAAAUAAUCCAAUUUAUGAUCACUAG